UCAAAAAAGUUGUGGAUGACCGCAAGGUUGACGGGGCUACGACCUCUGUUCCGUCUCUUGCAAGUCGCCAAUGUUUCCACCGCUCCCCCGAUAGACCGUGUCCGCCAAACAAAUUUCGACCUACUCCGCGAGUCUCUGGAGUUGGAGGGUAAUCCCUCCCGUGUGUGGGCUAAUUACACGAAUCUCGUUUCCUUUCUAGGCUCAGAGCCACUACCUUUCCAUGUCCACCAACAAGUCCUCCGUAAAUGCACCCCUCCCAGCAGCACACUCAGAGCCUCCGCGACUCGCCGAAUAUUGGUCGGCAAUGUCCCCCAAAGUCCACACGUCUACGAAGGUCGUUUCAUUGCCGUGAUUCGGAAUAUGCGUGCUGCUGGAUAUGUCCCUACCCUUGAAGACUACAACUUCAUACUGGAGCAAUUCGCAGCUGUAGGCCACCAUUUCGGUGUUAUGCACGUCUACCGCGAACUGACAUCUCUGGGUGUGGUUCCGCGAUCAAGAACAUUCGGUCUCUGUCUUCAAGCCAUAGCCCAUCGUCUCACCCUACCCGUCAAUCCUGCGAAGAAGAGAGAGAGGACCGAGACAACACGUCGCAUGAUUUCCGACCUCAUCACCGCCAUGAAGACCCAUAACAUCCCAUUCACAUCCGCUAACCUUGACCUGUCGAUGAGGAUACUUCGAGAAAGUACCGACAUGGAUGGCUUUGAGCUUCUUAUGAAGUGGGCUUAUGGAAUCGACCUGGCAAAUCCAGACUGUACACCUGUCGAAUAUCUGGAAGGCAAGAAUCCGUCGCCUCCCCAGCCAUUUUCAACAGAUGCGUUGAAUAUGACACUCGAAACCUUGGGACGUCUGAGAGACAUAUCUCGUCUAGUUCAAGCGUUCGAAGUUCUCACAACCCCGUUACCCAAACGCCCAUCAUCCGCCAAUGACGAGGAGGAGGACGAUUUUGGCAUUCGCCACCAACCCUCUUUGCCAUUGCCCACUCCCUCUGCUUCGCCUAAUACAACUAGCUACAACAUCUUAAUCCGACAUCUUUCGCAAGCAGGCCAUGCUACACUUGCUCGUCACUAUCUCAUUCAGGCCAUCAAGUUAGAGCGAGAAACGUCACAUCUUCUUUGGAAGCAAUUAGGGAAUCGUCGUCGCCAGCUACAGCAUGUGCUUUCGCCGCACUUUUCCAUCAACCGAGGUACUUUCUUGUCGGUUUAUGGUGAAAGCAAUCGCGACAAAAAUGCCGGAUUAAUGCGAUGGCUUUUCUCAAAGAUGCCUUCAGUCAUUAAGAGGAAACAGGGGAAUCUAGAUGGUUUCCUCAAAUACCGUGCGCUUCGUCAACAGCGGGGACUUUGGCCAUAUGAUGGCUCUGAAGUUAAAGACACCACCACUCUGCGUAGAGCGCCAACAGAACCAGCCUCCCCUCUGGCGAUCGGCGAUAGAUGGAGAGCGCCAGACUACAUUGGCAAUGUUUUUGACAUCGACAUCAACAGCGAGACACCACUCCCGCUGCCUCCUGCUCCGAAAAAAUUAGACCUGGACCUUCACAUCAGCAUCUUGGAACGAGAUAUUCGCGAGCUCAGCCAAUUACGCGAUCACGUUGAGCAAAUGCUGACGCGGACGACCCACCGCAUAAAGCAGCGUCUAGGCCGUAGAGUUGCAGGUAAACAGGACAUAUAUCUUGCUACAGAAGUGCAAGAAAACCGCGACAGAGUUCGCAUUGACCCCAAACGAUGGUCAAAGAUCGCCAAUUUCCGCUCAGUGGAAGUAGCACCUGGUCAUGUUGUACGUACCAAGAAGGCCGCAGAGGAACCAUAG